AAAAUAAUUCUCAUAAGGUAGAAGAAGAUAAUUGUUUUAAGUGGGGGAGACUGCGGUCCCAUGCGGCCAAGUCUCCUUUAAUACCCGUUUUAAUGGGGAUUAGUUGGAAACACAGGACCACUCUUUCCCCAACCUCGGUCGUCGGCGCCAGCCCCCUGUAUUCAGAAUAUUUUCUCCCCCCCCUCUCCUCUUUCUCUCUAGUAGCACUAAGAGUACUACUUGUAGCAGAGGAGUAGCGGUGAUACAAAUCUCCGAAGGUCCAAUUCAUCUCGGUGCUCUGGUGAAAGAAAGCAGAGGGGCCGACAGAAGCCCAUCUGAGAAAAGUUUUUUUUAAGUGUGGAAGAGAGGAGAGACAGAGAAAGCAGAGAGAGAGAGAGGGAGGGAGGGAGGGAGGAAAAAAAGAAAAAAUAAAUUUUCACUUUUGAGGAGUUGGGAUUCGAGCCAAUCCGAGUUUACCACCUUUUCCACCGAGGAGAAGGGAAGAGAACAAUUUAUGGAAGUCCUGCCGUAAUAAGUGUAGAAGAGAGGAGAGGGUGGUAGGCUCUCCAAAUUAAAGUACCAGGAUCUCUUUCCUUGCUUUUUUUGGUUUCCUUUGGCUCUCCUUAGACUUGCGAGCACUUGACUUGCUCAAGCGGAAGCAUAGCUCGUCCUAUGGUCUUCCGUUAAGACUUUUCUAGAGAGAAAAACCACUAUUUAUAAUGGUUCGCUUUAUGGCUGUUCUCUCCCUCACUCUUUCUCUCUCUCCCCCUCCCCAUGCCGACCUCCUGUGAAUCCAUCGAAGGGAGACCUCCUUUACCUUUCAGGCCGUGAUCAAUCCUAGAGCUUUCGUAUGAUGGCCCAUGAAUCCCACUACGCUGAAUUCUCCUCUGCAGGCCACCAGGCGAUGCAAAGCUUCGAGCCCAACCAGGAGCUCUAUGGUCUCCAAGGUGGGAUGGAGAUGUUGGGGGCACCCUCCAAGCAUCAAAGCUCCAACCUCUGGAGAGGCUUCGUCCCCCGAGACUUCCCCGAGGCAUCGAGCAAGAACUUUAUGGUCACGACCGAGACGGUGGCACCGGCAAGCCCGUGGCAGGUGGACGACUCCUCGCUGAGAUCUCUCUUUCCCUGUGAAGAGACCGGGCAGCCCAACAGGGGCCUGUCGCUGUCCCUCUUCAACCCGAAGCCCUCCGACGCCAUCGGAGUGCCUCCAUCCUGCUAUCAGAGUGAUUCCAGGGAUGGGUUGCUCUCGAGAGCAGCCAGUUCUCAUCAACAGCAGAUAUUCAUGCAGGAAGGGAGGGGUUUUGAUUCGCAUCAGCCCUUUCAGUUGAAGAAUUCCAAGUAUUUGGGCCCAGCUAAGGAGCUUCUGACUGAGUUCUGCAACCUAGGAGGAGAGAUCAGCUCGAGUAAGAGGUCCCAAAAGGCAAGCCAAUGGGAAGAAGGUGGUCCUUCUUCCUCUUCUUCUUCAUGGCAUCAACCCCUAAACUCCAUGGACCCCUUGGAGCUCCAAAGGAGGAGAACUAAGCUGCUUUCCAUGCUAGAAGAGGUGGAUAGGAGAUACAGAAAAUACUGCGAGCAGAUGAGAGCGGUGGUGUCGUCGUUUGAGGCUGUGGCCGGGAAAGGAGCAGCCACAUUCUAUUCGACGCUGGCAUCCAAGGCCAUGUCGAGGCACUUUCGGUGCCUGAGGGAUGGGAUUGUUGGUCAGAUACGAGCCGCAGAAAAGGCGAUCGGAGAGAAGGAUGCAGUUGCACCAGGGACGACGAAAGGUGAGACACCACGGCUCAAGCUGCUUGACCAGUGCCUGCGGCAGCAGAAGGCAUUUCACCAGGCUGGGAUGCUCGAAGACCACCCAUGGCGGCCCCAAAGAGGCCUUCCCGAGCGCUCUGUUUCGAUUCUUCGAGCCUGGCUCUUCGAGCAUUUCCUUCACCCGUACCCCACCGAUGUCGACAAACAUAUCUUAGCCCGGCAAACUGGACUCUCGAGAAGCCAGGUCUCCAAUUGGUUCAUAAAUGCAAGGGUGAGGCUUUGGAAGCCAAUGGUGGAGGAGAUGUACAUGGAAGAGACGAAAGAACAAAACAGUCAGUCCUCCAAUGCCACAACUGGACAGCAAGACGAUGCCAACCCUAACCCUAACCUCAACCCUGGGCUUGACCAGAAGCCAGCGCCAGUGCAGCUCCUCAAUGAUUCAGACUCGCUCUCAUCAAUCAUCAACAGCAGCCACCAUAGCGAUCAAAAAAAUACGAUGAAUGCCAAAGCUUCCCGAGAUCACAAUCCGCAGCAUCAGGUUCCAAGGGCAGAGAGCUUUGGUGUUUCCAACUUGGACUUCUCCUACAGCGGUUGUGGCAGUCGAAACUUGGGGAGUGGCGUGUCCUUAACUCUGGGCCUUCAGCAGCACAGCGGGGGAGGCAUGAGCUUAUCAUUCUCGCCUUCCUCCCAGCACUCUCUCCUCUUCUCUGGAGAGCAUGUCGACGACGGCCAGCAGGUCCAAUUCGCCAUCUUAGAUGGGGAGGCACAGACCGUUCCUUAUAGGAACAUGAUGGGGGCUCAGUUGCUGCAUGACUUGGCAGGAUAGAGGAUAAAGAAGGCAUCAAAUCUGCAAGGCUAAGAUAGAAACAUACUGACUCAAGAGCAGAUAUAUUAUACUUUUUUUGUAUAUUGUUUUGGCCGGUAGCUAGGCUAAAUAAAUUUGUGCUUUAUUGGUUCCCCCUGGUAUUAUAUUUGUAUCCUAUACGAUAGUUAUAUUAUGCAAUUGGAGAGGGCAGUGCCACUGUCAGGUGCAACUAUAUAACUAAUACAUGUUAAACUUAAUUUGUUGGACCAAAGAUAUAUAUUUAUAUA